AUGUUUCUUUAUGGUUUGACGUAGGUAAAAUUACUCAAUUAUAGAUUUCGUUAUAGAUUUAGGGUUUUGUGAAUUACAAAUAAUAAAUGUAAUUCUUACGAUUAACAUGUUUGCAAUUCAUGUUGAAAUAAACAAAUGUAACAUCUGGAGAGAAAUGGUAAUGGCGGAUAGGGUUGUAAAACUUAACGUUGGUGGCGUGUUAUACACGACAUCUAAAUCUACCCUUACUUCGAUACCCCAGUGUUAUCUUUGUCAGCUGGUGACAGGAGCUAUCAGACCACUUAGAGAUGAACGGGGGACGAUAUUUAUCGACAGAGACGGGCACGUCUUCAGGUACGUCCUUAACUACCUGAGAUCCAAGAAACUUACUUUACCACAAGGUUACAAAGAGUUAGCUAUGUUGAAGGAGGAAGCAGAAUACUACGAUUUGUGUCAGCUAGUGUUCAACGUGGAAAAGGUUCUAAAAUCUAGACGGAGAAACCGGAACAAGCCUCGGAACAAAGGAGGACAGAAUCAGAGGGUUGCGCCGUCCAACGCCCUUAGCAGAAGUCUCGGAUCUGACAUGAACUCUCUCGCCCUUUGUGACGAGAAUGGGUCGGUUAUUUUCGAAGAUGAUUCUUCGGAUUAUUUUUAUGAUUAGUGGUAAUGUGAACUGCUUUAUUAUAGUCAUCCAGAUUCACUUCAGUUGUCUGGUGAUCAGAAAUCAUUCAUGCAUGCCGCAUUCAACUGUGUUUGUGCUGGCCAAAACUAGAUUACAGCUUUCGAUCUAGCUUGUUCAUAUUUUUGGAAGUAUUACCGGUGAAAUCAAUGACUUAAAAGUUUCGUACUUGUUUCGGAGUCACUCUAAAAAUCGCAGUGAUUUUAAAGUCAUUUGUGUUUAAAAUAAAAUGGAUUGACGGGUAA